AUGAUGGAUAGUGUGUACUUUGUGGGUAGUAACCAGAUUCUGACUUGGAUGAACAACAGGCUCCACCUCAAUCUCUCCCGCAUUGAGGAGGCUGAUUCUGGGGCUGUACAAUGCCAGAUAAUGGAUAUGACAUUUCCGGGGGUAGUUCCAAUGCACAAGGUGAACUUCGAUGCAAAGUCUGAAUAUGAUAUGAUCCAUAAUUACAAAAUUCUACAGGAUGUGUUCAACAAGCUGAAAAUUGACGAGUCUGGCGAAUUGGUGACUAUAACAAAAGAUUUACAAGAAGAUGUUUAA